GUGCUGCAGUUCUUCAGAGUAACGGGACAGAGGUGAAUUAUUACAGUUCAAAUGCCGUAUCUGCGCGCAAAUGCGAGGACAUAAAAUGAAUAUUCAACACAUCCGUGGAUUAAACAACGCAGAGAAAACACAACAGAGGCAUCUUUGUUAGCCAAACGUUUGGGAGUUUUUGAAGCUUUUAGGAAUUUGGGGAGUUACGAUUCAGUUUUGGGAUAAAUUUGUUGGAUUUCUGUGUCACAACCACAAGCUUUUCAUAUAUGCGCAGUAUCACUUUCCAUUGUGUUGGUCUUUUGAAAAAUCCAUUUAAAUAAUAAAAGACAGUUCCCUAAUGACAUCAUCAUCCAGGAAGUGAAAUCAUUUUGGUGGGGAAACAAACCUACAAUCAUCAAAACAUAACCUUUCAGGAUGGGUGAUGGACAAUGCUACUACAAUGAAACCAUAGCCUUUUUUUACAAUCGUAGUCAGAAGUAUCUGGUGACAGAAUGGAAUACUGUAAGCAAGCUAGUGAUGGGACUGGGGAUUACAGUAUGUAUUUUUAUAAUGCUUGCUAACUUGCUCGUAAUGGUGGCCAUCUACAUCAACCGCCGAUUUCAUUUCCCAAUCUACUAUCUAAUGGCUAACCUAGCAGCUGCAGACUUUUUUGCGGGACUUGCCUAUUUCUACUUGAUGUUUAACACAGGACCCAAUACAAGAAGGCUAACGGUUAGCACAUGGUUGUUGCGGCAGGGCCUUAUCGAUACGAGCCUGACGGCCUCAGUUGCUAACUUGCUAGCUAUUGCCAUUGAGCGCCACAUCACGGUGUUCCGCAUGCAGCUCCACACACGCAUGAGUAAUCGGCGAGUAGUUGUGGUUAUUGUCAUCAUUUGGACCAUGUCUAUUGUCAUGGGAGCAAUUCCUAGUGUGGGCUGGAACUGUAUCUGUGCUAUUGAGACCUGCUCCAAUAUGGCACCCCUCUACAGCAAUUCUUACCUGGGCUUCUGGGCGAUCUUCAACCUGGUCACCUUUGUGGUGAUGGUUGUUCUUUAUGCCCACAUAUUCAUGUAUGUACGACAACGAACCAUGAGGAUGUCCCGGCACAGCUCGGGUCAACGGCGGAACAGGGACACUAUGAUGAGCUUGCUGAAGACGGUCGUCAUUGUAUUGGGUGCUUUCAUUGUGUGCUGGACACCUGGUUUGGUGCUUCUCUUGUUGGACGUGGUCUGCGCUGAAUGCAGUGUCCUGACCUACGAGAAAUUCUUCCUGCUUUUAGCGGAAUUUAACUCGGCCAUGAACCCGAUAAUAUACUCCUACCGGGACAAGGAGAUGAGCAUCACAUUCAAACAGAUCCUGUGCUGCCAGCGACAGGAGAAUGUGAACGGUACUGCAGAGGGUUCGGACCGGUCCGCGUCCUCCAUCAACCACACUGUCCUGAGUGGAGCCCACCAUAACGACCAUUCGGUGGUCUGAGGUUCAACAGAUGGUGGAUCUUCUUAGUAUAAGCGAUCCAUGACUGUGAAAGGCAUUUUCUUCAGCAAAAGACUUAUUUUAGUGGUUAUGAAGUUUUCUGUGCUGGUUUUUGUUUAUUUUUAAUGUUUUGACACAAAUUUUGACUAUUUAAAGGUCAAUCCAAGUUUAACAAAUCUUAUUUGUUCUCAUAAUGCCUUAAAGUGCUCACACUAAUUUACUCACACUCAUGUUGUUCCAAACCCACAUGACUUUUGUGUUUUACUAUGGAACACAAAAGAAGUUUAGCGGCUGUUCUGAGCUGCUCUCUUCCAUACAGUAAAAGUGAAUGGGGACUGGGGCUAUCAAGCUCCAAAAAAGACAAGAAAGCACCAUAAAAGUUGUCCAUAGAACUUGUAUGUAAUAUUCUUAUGUAUGAAGCCAUACAAUAAAUUCAUGGGAAGAACAGACUGAAAUUAAAGUCAUUAUUCUCUGAAAAUCUUGUUUGACGGACAUGUUCACCAUUCCCUUUCACUAUAUGGAAGAGCAGCUUGGACAUUCGGCUAUGUAUAACUCCUUUUGUGUUCCAUGGAAGAAAGAGUGUCAUACAGAACUGAUGACAGAAUUUUCUGUUUGGGGAGAUAAUUUGUCUAGUUGUAAUUUUUGGCUAAAUUGUUGUAAAUCAAGGCAUUGCAUGAAUUUUCAGUGUUCUACAGCAAAUGCUGAAGUAAAAGAGCUAGUGAAGUAUCCAGUGAAACUGUCCGAUAGUUUGCACUAAAAACAAAGAGUGCACCUGAGGGACCACUGGGAAAUAAUUUAGGUGAACUAUGCAAAAUACUUGAUUGUUUCUUUAUUUUAAUUUUAUUUUGUUUUAUUUUUUGCAUAGUUUAUUUUGCACUGCAGGUUCAUCCUAUAACACCAUGCUUGAAAGCAAACACAAUAUGUGUAUGUGUACAAUAUGUGUAGUAAAGCCUUUCUAAGAUUGACUAAAUGAAAGACAAAACUAGUGAUAAUUAAAACAUGGCAGGGUGUAAAAAUUCAAAUCCCUAUCAAAAUUGUUACCCUCUUGAAUACCAAGACAUAGCCCUUUGUAACAUAUGAUCAAAAAACCUGUUGUGUUAUCCUAUUAUAGCUGAUUAUGUAAAAACAGUAGGCUACUUCAAAAUGGAAAUACAUGUAGUAAGACAUAUUAUAUAAAAUAAAGUCAAGGUGUUCUGAUUUAUUUCACCAUAAUGACCGGCUGACUGUACAUUAUCCCACUUAUUACACUACUUGCCAAAUAAAUAAAUAGAUAAAUAAAUAUUAAAUAUUGAUUUAAGUUUAAAUUAUUUUAUUACAUGUGGAAAAUAGGGAGUGUGGAGUAAUUCUAAAAUAUUUGAGACUAGCAAUCAGAAUCAAGUAUUCCAGAGAGCUAUGUAAUAUAAUUUAUAGGGUUAUUCCAUGUGAAAUCAACCAAAUUUAAAAUAAGUAAAUAAAUAAAAACACUUUUGUGUUGUUUUUCCAAAGUUGGAGUGCCUAUAACUCCAGAGGUAUUAGAAAUAGCUUAAAAUCCUUUUAGAUUCUGGUUCAGAAAAGCUUUUUUUUUAAUCUUCACUUUUAAGACCCUAUAAUAUGGUUAAAUCCCAGAGAUAUGGGGCUCUCAAUGUGGCUCUGUUUAAAUUGUUACAUUUUACCAAUUUUCAAUGAUCAAAAAACAUUGAAAAAAUUUGGGUCACAUAUUAUGAAGCUAGUUUUUCUUGUCCAACAAAACAAAGGUUGUACAAAUAAUGUUGAAACUAAAAAUGUACCUUUAUUUAUUCACGUAAAAACAAUAAUUUCAUAAUCUUGAUUUUCAAGAGUCCAAAAGUACACCAUUAUUAAAAAUAAGCAAUACAAUACAAUUUGGUGCAAUGCCUUUUUUCUGGUUUUUGAAUUUCAGAAAUGUACAUAUAAUGCAACAAGUUGUGCUGACAUCAGCUGAUUUUAGCAAUAGAAAAUGUGUAAAAUAAUUAUAACAAUAAUGAUGCAGGCCACCUUUAUAAUAAUUUUACAUGUAGUUUUGGUCUAAAAUUCAAGGCGAAAAUUGUCUUUUUGACCUCCCUCUACAAAAUAAAGGAUUACUCAGUAAAUAUUGAUCCAUGGCAUUUAAUAAUCUGGCUUUCAUCAUCAUUUAUGUUUAUCUUUCACCAGAAAAAAAAAAUUAAAAAAAAUGAAAGAAAACAAAAAGAUCAAAAACAAAACUUGGGGACCUCUGGUUGAGCUGGGGACCUCUGGUUGAGUUGACACAGAAUGACCCUAGAUUUAAUAUAGUUUGUCUGGAUAUAACAAUUCAACAUCAGUGGAGUUUUUUUGUAUUAUAACAAAUUGGGUUUUAUGAUAUCUCACACUGACUGCACAGAAUUGUUCAAACUAUGAUUAUGUCUAGUGAAUUGCAUAUGGUAUGCUACUGUAGCUUAGUUGGCUAAUACAUUAGUAAGCUAAUUAAAAACAUAAAGAAAGAGAAAUAUAUAAAUUAACCAUUUGUAGUUUUGGUUAUAUCGUGAUAUAAUAGAAAAUAUAUUCAUUGACAUAUUUUGAUGGUUGAUACUACAUGCACAGACAAGCUAUAGUUGAGGAUUUCUUUUUUAUGGAAAUCUAAUAGAAUUCCUCAAAAAUUUCUUUCAGGCAAUGGAAUCAUUUAGUGGGUUUAUAGGGGGAUUAAGUGGUUACAAUUUAGAAGGGGUUUGAAUUUCACACAACAAGGACCCUAAAUAUUUGUGCCAGCUGGUUAGACCUACACUUCAGUAACUUGACUCUUGACAAACUUGACUCAACACAACUUUAUCUAACACAAGACAUGCUCUUAAUAUCAUUCCCAUUAAUUUGCAACAGGGAACAACAACUGGGCCUUAAACAUACAAUGUGACAUUGUUUUUAGCAACUGCCUCAUUACAUUAAUUGGUCCCGAUGUACAGUUUUAUUUUUUGAAUGUGUUUUCAGCCAUUCUGAGUGAAGGAUUCCGUUUGCAUUGAAGACUACAUGCCACUAUGCUAAACACAGGACAAUAGUACACAUGAAGUCGUUAAACUGAGAGUAGACAACAGAUUGUUUUUAUGGAUGUCCAAUAAAAUGUCCAUUUUGUCCAUUCUGGUCUCACCGAAAAGCACUACGAAAUUAUGUGCUUACUUCAGCUAUUGCGUUUUUUUAUUCAUCUCACAUUCGCUUUUAUGACACUAUCGGAAAAGUUAGAUGUAUGAUUU